AUGAAUUAAUCUUAAUAUGGAGCCUUUGGUAUGAGUGGUAAUAAUUUCAAUCAAACUGGUGGUAAACCCCCUGUCAAUAAUUACAAUUUUGAAAACGUUAGAGUAAAACAUCGUUCAUUUAAGUUUAGGCAUAAUAACCUGCACCAGGGGGACCAUAACCUUCUCGAGGCAAACCUCUAGGCACAGCUGCCAGACAGCCUUAAGCAGAAGCAAGACCUAUGACUUCCAAUAGAGGAGCCAAUUUUGGGUAGAAGAAGGACCCAUUCAACUCUACUCAAAAUCAAAUUAAUUUGAAUAAACCCAAACUUGAAACUAAUCCUGAAGAAUAGUUCAAAGCCAUAGAAAAAGAAAUCAAUACCUUGAUUGAAUAAAGUGCUAUGGCUAAAUUGAGAGGCAAUCUCUCGGAAUGUCUGGAGAAAGCUAAAGAAGCUUUCAACAAAGAAAAGAAACUAAGACAAUCUAAAGAAGCCUAAAAUUUAGUUGAAUCAAUAAACACUGACCUUAGUUAUUGUGCAGCCUUAACUUAAGCUUGUGCAUUACAUGCCAAUGGACUCCAUCAAGAUGCAUUAGCAAAAUAUCAGGAAAUCAUCAAAUGUAAAUAAUAUCCACAAGCAGGAAGAUUAAGAGUCAAUAUGGGAAACAUCUUUUUUGAAUUGAAGAAAUAUCCUAAUGCCAUCAAAAUGUACAAAAUGGCUUUGGAUUUGAUCCCUGCCACAUCCAAGGAAAUGAGAUUUAGAAUACAAAAAAACAUUGGUCAUGCACAAGUAAGGUUGGGCAAAGAUAAAAUCAAAGAGGCAAUGAACACUUAUGAAUAAAUCCUCAAAAAUUCACCUGAUUUCCCAACUGGGUUCAAUCAUAUGAUUUGUUUGUAUUUGAGUGGAGAUAAGUUUAAAAUGAAGGAAUUCUUUGUAGUUCUCUUAACCAUCGAAAUACCAGGAGAGAAUGAAGAAGAGAAUAAUGAAAAUAAGGGAACUACUAUUACAGAUAAAUUAAGAGAAGAUACUAAAGAAAGAAGAAGAGAAGCCAUUUAUUAUAUUGUCACUUCAGCUAAACUGAUUGCUCCAUUGAUUGAAGAUGAUGUUAUUGGGGGAUAUGAGUGGAUUCUAGAAUAACUCAAGAAUUCUACAUUCCCUGAAGCUGAAACUGAAAUUGAAAUAUGCAAGGCUAUGGCCUAUUUAAAAAAAAAGAAUAUUGAGAAAUCUAUAGAAACACUCAAAGGAUUUGAAAAAAAGGAUAAGCAAAUUAUGGCUCGAAUUGCUACAAACAUCUCCUUCCUGUAUUUCUUAGAGAAUGAUUAUAAGCAGGCUGAAAAAUAUGCUGAAAUUGCCAUUACAUAUGAUAGAUAUAAUGCAAAGGCUUUAGUUAACAGAGGAAAUUGUUUAUAUGUGAAAAAUGAAUUCUUGAGAGCAAAAGAAUAAUAUCUAGAAGCUAUAGGUGUUGAAGCAGAUUGCAUAGAAGCACUCUACAAUUUGGCCUAUGUAAAUAGAAAAUUGAAUAUGUUUGUUGAAUCCUUGUAGGCAUUAGAUAAAUUAUAAACUAUUGUCUGUAUCCCUGAAGUGUUGUAUUAAAUGGCCACGUUGUAUGAGAUGACAGGAAACUCAAAAUAAGCUAUGAAAUGGUAUCUAGAAUUGAUGAACAAAGUACCAAAUGAUCCCAAUAUUCUAGCCAGAUUAGGUUCACUUUUUGCAAGGGUAAAUUAUCUCAUACAAUUAAUUAAUAGGAAGACGAUGAGCCUCAAGCAUUGCACUAUUUUUAAGAAUCCUAUAGAAUAUUACCAACAAACAUAGAUACUAUAUCAUGGUUGGGAGUUUACUAUGUGAAAUAGGAAAUGUAUGAGAAGGCAAGCAUGUAUUUUGAGAGAGCAGCACAAGUGUAAACAAGAGAUGUGAAGUGGAAAUUAAUGGUUGCAAGUUGUUAUAGAAGAAUGGGACAUUUCCAAAAGGCAUUAGGGAACUAUUAAAAAAUCUAUUCUGACUAUCCUGAUAACAUUGAAUGUAUGAAUAAAAAUUACUUACUUUUUAGGUCUCAGAUUCUUGGUGCAAUUGUGUAGAGAAAUGGGAUAGCCUUAUGAAGAAUAUGCAGGAUAAUUAAGAAAAUUGGAAAGAGAAAUGGAGAUGAUGGAAGGGUAUUAGGGCGGUUAAGACAUAAAUUUAAUCAAUAAUGAAGAAGAAUAGGUUCGAUUACCUUAAGGAGAUGAUAAUCCAGUUAGUUUCACAAAUAACACAAGGUAACUAUCAGUAUGACUUAAUUUAUAGGAGAGGUAAUAAGCAGCCACCUCCUAAGACAAAUGUAAGAUAGAAUUUAGAUGAUGAACAAUUCUAAGAUGGGGUAGAGGACAACUUUUUACCUUGA